GUGUUUGGGACGUAGGACGUUGUUUCUAUGAGUAUUCGGCCGCAGCCCUUGUUUGAUAACACAGUUGGGUGGAUCCAAAACACGAGGACGAGGGGAUUGUCAUUCAUUUAUUAGCGAGUUCGUUUCAUGAAACCAAUCGAGGAUUAAAGCGUAUCCACAAAUCUAAAACAUAAAAGGGUGAUGUCAGCAGCCUCUCUCAUGCGCCUGGCAAGGUGCAGUGGUCCUCAUGUGGGAUGCAGUGGUCUUUUACAGAAAGCCCUUGUCUACCCACUCACAUUCCAGCAGGACAGCCACCUCCAGUUCACAAUCUCGCGGAGACAAAUUUACACUCCUUCAGGACGACGGCACAGCAACACACGCUUUGAUCCUGACAGCAGUGGCCGCCCCACUACUUGGGAUUCAUUUGGCAUCUGGGACAAUCGUAUUGAUGAGCCCAUCCUGCUGCCUCCCAGCAUUCGCUACGGGAAGCCCAUCCCUAAAGUCAGCUUAUCGAGGGUAGGCUGUGCCUCGCUCAUUGGUCAACGCAAAGGGAACGAAGACCGCUUCCAGGUCUCCCAGAUAACUGACAACAUCCUCUACUUUGCUGUGUUUGAUGGGCAUGGCGGGCCAGAAGCAGCUGACUUUUGUGAAAAAUACAUGGAGAAAUUCAUCAAGGACCUUGUGGCAAAAGAGUCCAAUCUGGAACUGGUUUUGACGAAGGCCUUCCUUGAAGUAGACAAAGCUCUUCAAAAGGACUUGCACUUCUCCCCAAAUGCCCCCGGGAUGAAUGCAGGAACCACCGCCACUGUGGCCCUGCUGAGGGACAGCAUUGAGCUGGUGGUGGGCAGCGUUGGUGACAGCCGCGCCAUGCUGUGCCGCAAGGGCAAAGCCCUUAAACUUACCAUCGACCACACUCCUGAAAGGAAGGAUGAGAAAGAGAGGAUAAAGAGAAGUGGAGGUUUUAUCACCUGGAAUAGUCUGGGACAGCCAAACGUGAACGGCAGGUUGGCCAUGACACGCAGCAUUGGAGAUUUUGACCUGAAGAACAUGGGGGUCAUUGCUGAGCCUGAGACCAAGAGAAUAUCUUUGCACCAUGCCCAUGACUCCUUCCUGGCGCUAACUACAGACGGCGUUAACUUCAUUAUGAACAGCCAGGAGAUCUGCAAUGUCAUCAACCAGUGCCACGACCCCAAGGAGGCAGCUCAGAGAAUAUCUGACCAG